CUGCACUACUCUUUAUGUAAGAAGUCGAUUUGCAGCAGCCUCUUGUCGAGUGCAUUGAAUGGUACAGUCCUUCUGUAAUUUCCUCAGAGACUCCAGCAGAAACAAUGAGGCACAAUUCCAUCCACUGGUUCAGGAAGGGACUUCGUCUCCAUGAUAACCCUGCCCUGCUAGCCGCAAUGAAGGACUGUGCAGAACUUCAUCCGAUCUUUAUCUUGGACCCAUGGUUCCCCAAGAACAUGCAAGUUAGUGUAAACCGCUGGAGAUUCCUCAUUGAUGCUUUAAAAGAUCUAGAUGAAAACCUAAAGAAAAUAAAUUCAAGGCUAUUUGUGGUACGAGGAAAGCCUGCAGAAGUGUUUCCAUUGCUCUUCAAGAAGUGGAAAGUGACUCGACUGACCUUUGAGGUGGACAUUGAACCCUACUCAAGGCAAAGGGAUGCUGAGGUGGAAAAGCUGGCUGCUGAGCAUGAUGUGCAGGUCAUUCAGAAAGUGUCCAACACAUUGUAUGAUAUUGACAGGAUAAUUGCUGAAAACAAUGGGAAACCUCCUUUAACCUAUGUCCGUUUCCAGACUGUAUUAGCUCCGUUGGGUCCCCCAAAGCGCCCGAUAAAGGCGCCAACUUUGGAGAACAUGAAAGAUUGCCAUACACCAUGGAAAUCCUCAUACGAUGAAAAAUAUGGUGUACCCACAUUAGAGGAGCUGGGCCAGGAUCCUAUGAAACUUGGACCUCAUUUGUAUCCAGGAGGAGAGAGUGAGGCUUUGAGUAGGCUGGAUCUCCACAUGAAGAGAACAAGCUGGGUGUGCAACUUCAAGAAGCCAGAGACAGAACCCAACUCUCUGACCCCCAGCACUACUGUUUUGAGCCCAUAUGUGAAAUUUGGCUGCCUCUCUGCUCGGACCUUUUGGUGGAAAAUAGCAGACAUCUACCAGGGGAAGAAGCAUUCUGACCCUCCAGUGUCUCUCCAUGGGCAGUUGCUGUGGCGCGAGUUCUAUUACACUACUGGUGCAGGGAUUCCAAACUUCAAUAAGAUGGAGGGAAACCCAGUUUGUGUUCAGGUUGACUGGGACAACAACAAAGAACACCUUGAGGCCUGGAGCGAGGGUAGAACAGGUUACCCAUUCAUAGAUGCAAUUAUGACACAGCUAAGAACAGAAGGAUGGAUCCACCACUUAGCUCGACAUGCUGUCGCUUGUUUCCUCACCCGAGGGGACCUCUGGAUAUCAUGGGAAGAAGGACAAAAGGUCUUUGAGGAGUUGCUCCUGGAUGCAGACUGGUCUCUCAAUGCAGGAAAUUGGCUGUGGCUCUCAGCUAGCGCCUUCUUUCACCAGUUUUUUCGGGUCUACUCUCCAGUAGCUUUUGGGAAGAAGACAGACAAGAAUGGUGAUUAUAUCAAGAAAUAUUUACCAAUUUUGAAGAAGUUUCCUGCUGAGUAUAUCUAUGAACCAUGGAAAUCUCCCCGGAGUCUACAGGAGAGGGCAGGCUGCAUCAUUGGUAAAGACUACCCAAAACCUAUUGUGGAACAUAAUGUAGUGAGCAAGCAAAACAUUCAGCGUAUGAAGGCUGCUUAUGCCAGAAGAUCAGGAUCUACGGAGGGAGUGGACAAAGAUUCGGGACAGAACAACAAAAAGGGGGGGAAGAGGAAAGUGGCUGCAGGAACAUCUGUGGCAGAAUUGUUCAAGAAAAAAUAAUCCAAAAUGGAUUUAUGGCAAAAUGGAUUAUACGAAUGGGAAAAAAGACUUUAAUAGGUCACUAAGGAUCUCUUAUUUUUUGCUGGAAACAAAUGACUUGGUUACAAAAGCAAAAAAAAUAUUUACAGACAUAUUUGGAGAUAUUCUAUUCUUUGCAUUUCAACAACGGUAGGAUUCUUCUUUAGGUUGGAAGGAAGCACUUUUACUUUUUAUAUGUUCCAGAUGAUCACAGUACUUGGUAGCAAACAACUUUUAUUAUAUGUGGUGCUUUUUGCAUGACUUCAUUAAAGUAGUGGUGUAACUACCAUUGACAGGACUUGGGUGCAGGAUGUGAACUUGGGCCCAAUCUGGAAGUGUGCCCAAUUGUCUCCGGCCAAGCAUGCACAUGUAGUUCAUUUCACCCACGAUGAGACACCAUUGCAUCUCCGAUAGGCCUGUGUGCAAAUGCAGCCCCCCACACCCGCAGCAGUCAUGCCACUGAAUUAAUGGAACAAUGUUCACUUUCAUUUAAAAGUCUGUCUGUAUCACAUCUUAUAGGAAUAUGAAUAUAAAAUUAUUUGAAAUCAUGAUGUAGCUUUUAUGUAUCUUUAAAAUAUAGAAAGUUGCUCUACUGCAGCUUUUGGGGAAAAAAAGAUUUGCCAUUCUGUUAAAACAUAAGGUUAUACUUCUAAAGUGUUGAAUACUUCUAUUAAACACUGCCACACAUGGCCGAUGAAUGCUUGCAAAAGUGACUUGCAUAGUCAUUGGCUUUUUCUUUGUAAUAAUAAAACGGUGCAUAGUGAUUGGCUUUUUCUUUGUAAUAAUAAAACGGUGCAUAGU